UGUACAUGUUUGCUCAUGUAUGAGCCAUUACUCAGCAGUAAUGAAAGAUCGAGCCUGCUGCAACGAGAGUAUAUCUAAGCGCGAGCUCGAUCUUUCCACCAGUGUUACUCAGCAGUACUCGACAUAUCGCCCAACAUUGUUGUAGAGAUCACUGACUGGUCAUAUUUUCAGCACUAAUAGCGGAACGCAGCCUGAUAGGUGUGUUGUUUAUCUCCGCAUUUCGAAUCGUCAUCGUCACCAAUCGAUUCUUCUCUGUCGCAAUCGAAAAAAAAUAUUCUCUCUCAUAUUUUGCCAGUUUUUGCGGAAAAUUAUGUGUUCUUCUAUAAGGAACAAGGAGCCUUCAGAAUCCGAGGAUCUGAUACAGCAUACCAAACAGAUAUGUUGCACGUUUUUAAGAUUUGUAAUAAUACAGCUGCAUGUUCUGUUUGAUUGUAUUGUGGACUUUAUCUUUGGCCUGUACUAUGAUAAGAAAGCGAACAAAGUACCACCUGUGGAACAGAAGUUACUGUUGGAAAGUGCAGUUUCUUUAGCUGAAAAGAUCAGGACAAAGCAAGUUACAUCGGAGGAAGUGGUGGGAGCUUUCAUUGCAAGAUGUAAAGAAGUAAAUUGUUUGAUAAAUGCAAUUGUGGUGGAGAGAUACGAACCGGCUUUGGAAGAUGCAAAGAAGGUGGAUUUAAUGAUACAACAAGGCAUCGAUCAGGAAAAAAUAAAAAACGAAAAACCGUUUCUGGGAGUUCCCUUCACCACGAAGGAGAGCAAUCGAGCUGAAGGAUUAAUCCAUUCUCUCGGCUUGCUCUGUCGCCGAAACCAUUGCUGUGAGGACGACGCCGCGACAGUUCGCUUGUUGAAAGAGGCUGGUGCGAUUUUAAUCGCAAAAACCAAUGUACCAGAACUGAACUUAUGGACGGAAUCGAGAAAUCAUCUAUUUGGACAAACAAAUAAUCCUUACAACACUACCAGAACAGUAGGAGGCAGUAGUGGUGGAGAAGGAGCUCUAAUGGCAGCAAGCGGUACUCCGCUCUCUCUUGCUAGCGAUAUAGGAGGCUCUACUAGGAUGCCUGCCUUUUUUAACGGAUGUUUUGGCCACAAACCCAGCGAAGGAUUGAUAUCUGUAUACGGAAUUGGAUUACGUGAUAAACAUUUUCUGGAUACAAUGGUGGCAGCUGGACCAAUUUGCAGACACGCUGAAGAUAUCGCACCUGUUCUAAAGGUACUGAUUGAUAAAAAUCCCAAAUUUCAACUGGACGACCGGCUGAAAAAUUUGCCCAUGUAUAAAAACGGGCCCAGAUUAAGAUUCGAUGAGUCGGUGAAUGUGAAAGAUCUAAAAGUGUUCUAUCAAGAGAGUUCUGGAGAUUUGAGAGCGAGCAAAGUGACCAAGACCAUGCGGACCACAAUCAGAAAAGCUGUAAAACAUUUAGAAAAACUCACCGGUUCCGCAACAAAGAUUAAAAUACCGGGUUCUGAGUACAGUUUUAAACUGUGGAGAUAUUGGAUGACUCGCGAGAACGUCAAUUUCAGAGAAAACAUAACAGGUGGGAAGUAUUCUACGAGCGCGAUCAGAGAAUUAGCCAAUCUGCUCACUGGAAAUUCGCAACUGACGGCAGCUGCUGUUUUUAAAUUGGCAGACGAGGACUUUUUUCCGGAGGUGAACGCGGAAUGGGCAAAAAGCGUCACCGCGAAAGCGAAACUAUUCUUAGCGGAGACAUUGGGGGACAAUGGAGUGUUGUUGUAUACUUCAGCUCCCUUCCCCGCGAGUUAUCAUUACUCCGCAUUUCUCAGACCUUAUAACUUUGGCUAUUGGUGUUUCUUUAACGUUUUGCGGUUUCCAAGUCUCCAAGUGCCGAUGGGCUUGGACAAACAAGGCUUGCCAGUCGGUAUUCAAGUGAUAGCAGCUCCGUACAAUGAUCAUCUGUGUUUAGCGGUUGGCAGAGAACUCGAGAAAGAGUUCGGUGGUUGGGUUCAACCGUAAUGUCCCUAAAGAAGAUUGACAAGUCAUGAACAAAGUAAUCUUGGCAUUUACAACGCAAAAUAACUUGGACUCCAAAGUAAUUAACUUGGGUUUUGGAAAAAUAUCUUGGGAAUUUUAUAUCUCUUAAUAUAAGUGUUCUGUUAUAUCUUAGUUUUCUUGAUGUUUGUUACAAAGUUUGUUAUAAAGUCUUCGAACAAAAAUAUUUUUUCAAAGAUUACGUAUAUAUAUUAAUCUUGCGUGGUAUGUAUUAAUCUUACAUGUAUAAUAAUUUAUGUCAUGUUUUGAAAUUGAUUUCGAUAAAAUACAUAGCACGCUACUCAGAA